CGCAAGCGAGGAAGGAUCUGCUCCACGCGGCAGGAUCACUCUCCACGCUUGGUGGCGUUAGGGCAACUCAUCAGUGACAGUAGCCUGCUGGAAAUACAAGCAUGGGUACUGCUAGCAACAGUUCGGUCAAGAACACCUCAAAGUCACCUAAACUUCACAGUGUUUAGAUGUUAAUUCCACAAAUAAACGUAUUGCUGUCUUAGAACAAUGAAUGCUGGAAUUUAUAAUAGCUGAAAUUCAGUGAUGUAAGGAAAUUUUAUAUUAAUGAAUCGCGUGAAUGGUAUCUGGUGUCACCGCUAGAUGUAGCACUUGCCAUUAUAAACAAUAGAAAACAGCUACAUUGUUGCUCUCUGUGUGAAAACCAGAUCUGCUGGCCGGUGAGGCAUCUAGCAGACUUCCGGGAGGCCGUGCUAAAGGAAGUUCUAGACAGACAGCGUUAGAUUUGCUCCUUAAAGGGCCAGAUGACCUGGGCUGCUCCAGAUGCCUGGACGGCACGGAAUGGGAGGUGCAGGGGGCAGUGGGGGCGGAACGUCUUACUCAGAGUCGGCCGCUCUGGUGCGCAGCACUGAAGGCAUGUCGUAUACUGACGAGGACCGGCAGGCGGGAGGCAGCGUCGCCCCCCGCGAUGGGGGUGAAGAGGAGCUCAUGGACUACGUAGAUUCUGACGUGUCGGUGCUGGCACAGUUCCAUGAGGAUGCAAUCAGACAGGCCGGGUGCGGUUACUCGCAGUGGCUGCUGAUGCUAGUAUCCGGUCUGGGGCUGGUCGCUGACGCCGCGGAGCUCCUUGUUAUACCCUUCAUCCUGCCCAGCGCAGAGGUCGAGCUCUGCAUCAACGCGUCUCAGAAAACAUGGCUCAGCGGCAUUACCUUCCUGGGCAUGAUGGUGGGAGGGGUUGUGUGGGGCAACUUGUCAGACCGCAUGGGGCGCCGCAGAACCCUGCUGUCGGCGCUCGGGGUGAACGCCGUGUUCAGCGUCAUCGCAGCCUUCAUGCCAACUUACGGUACCUUCAUGACUGCUAGGUUCUGCUCCGCUGUCGGCAUCGGCGGGUUGCUGCCUAUCGUGUUCACGUAUUGCAGCGAGUUCCUCUGCAAAGCGGACCGCAGCAAGUACCUCAGCAGACUGCUUACCUUCUGGGCACUUGGUGGCAUCCUGGUCACCUUUAUCGCCUCAGUGAUGCUGCCCCAAACAGGUAUCGGCGUGGUGAUUGAAAACAAGGAGCACUUCAGCGCGUGGCACCAGUUUCUGUUGGUGUGUUCUCUGCCCUCUCUCGCGGCAAUCAUUGGACUCGUGUUCCUUCCCGAGUCCCCCAGAUUUCUGCUGGAGGCCGGAAGGGAAGUGGAAGCCAUGAUGGUUUACCAGAAAAUCUACAAGACCAAUAACAUGAACAAUCCUACCGCACAUGCGCAGUACCAGUUGUCAGAGUUGGAGCUGCCCAGCAAGCGCCCCUCGGGUCGCGGGGUGUCUUCAACCCCCCCUCCCGGCAAGUCUGUAUUGGCUGACAUGACCUACAGCAUCGAGAUGUUCUGGAACUCAUUCCUGCAACUGUUUGUGCAACCACACCUGCCAGUCACCCUCCUCCUCAUAGUGCUCUGGUUCACUGCUUCAUUCGGGUACUACGGCAUGAGGACUUGGUUCCCAGACUACAAGAAGCUGGUAAGCACGUGGGAGUAUGACGCAAGGACCAGUCUCAUCACAAAUGCCACGUACGACGGGCACGCCUUCAACACUUCAGUUGAAAAUGUGCGCUGGAUAGACAGCUUCUUCAAGAACUGCUCCUUCCACCACCUGACGUUCAACCAUGUAAGCUUCGACAACUGCACUGUAGAGGACGUUCGCUUCGAGAUCAUAAAGUCCAGCCGCACUUACUUCAGGAACUCCGUCAUCAAGGACUCCAGGUUUGUGGACACCGACUUAUCUGACCAGCAUUUCGAGAACUGUCUGAUGUCCAACAUCACCGUGCUCAGUCUGUCUACCGGCUGUCCGCUAGACUUCGACUACAACAUCCGCCUGGAUGAAGUGCUCAUCGGACAAAUGGCUGGGCAGGUGGCAAUUCUGCCCGGUGCCGUGCUCUCUGCUCUAGCCAUAGACAAACUGGGUCGCGUUAAGGUCAUUGGGCUGUCAAUGUACCUCUCGAGUCUAACGGCGAUAGGCAUCUGGCUCCUGUACUCCGACAGAGUGAUGGAUCUUUACGGAUUCGUGUUCAACAUGUUCUUCAUCUCGGGAUGGAACGCCAUUGAAAUAGCCACAAUCGAGUCCUAUCCCACGCACCUCAGAACGACCGGGUACGGAUUCGUUAGUGGAAUAUUCCGGCUGGGCGGGAUACUCGGGACUGUCACGUUCAGCAACCUGGUGAGCGCGAGCCGUGUCGUCCCCAUGUUGACAACCGCUGCUGUGCUGCUUGUGGGAGGAAUUGUGUCCCUCAAGUUGCCCGAAACGUACUUCGUGCUGCUGUAGGCGCAACACUGAGAUCCACUGUCACUGGGGCUUCAUCUCACAGGUGUGACAGAGAGCUCAUAGAGCUGAUCAAGUGCUUUGUCAACGGGAUACAGCUACAGAAGAAUUCUAUUACUGCAUAUGAAAUGUGUACAUUUUUCUCAUUGAUUUGUGACUCAGGAGGUGAGGUUAUUGCACGUGAGACAGAUGUCAUGGUGCAUUAUAUUUUGUGAGUUGAGAGAUGUGAAGGUUCACUUCACUCUGCUGUCGAAGCCUUGGUGAUACCUAGCGUCGCGUAAACUGUAAUAAUUACUUAAUACUGAUGGAUGUUUCUUCCAAGGAAACAGUGACCAACGGAUAAAUGUCGGUUAGGAAUGUGCAGUUGCUAGUGCAGAAAUGUGAGACAUAUUUUGACAUAACAUUAGGGGGAGGGGUACUUAUUAUAGCAAACAUAGAUCUUACACCGAACUCCUACAUUCGUAUCAGAGUCGCAAUUUAUCUCAUGCAUGAAAAUGCCACUUUACAAAGGCAUGCAUAUUCUGACCAAACUCAUGGCUGCAGUUCGCAAACAUCUUCCGGAAGAUUUGAGGCUUUCACGGCGAUGACUAUGAAGAAAGCAGUCUUCUGGGAUUUGGCACCGUGUAUAUGU